GUCUAUGCAGCCUGAAAACCCGACCCACCAAUUGAUCCUAAUUGAAAAUUUAAAUUUUCUUUUACUUUUUGUAAUAAAGAAUUUUUUUUAUAAGGGUGAUAUAUGUUACUUUUUGUAAUUAGGUACUAGUUAAGAGAUCGAACCCACAACAUGUCGAUUAAAUAGAGGCUAGUAAAUAGAUGCUUACGUUAUACUUCAAAACAGACCAUUUACCAGCACUCUGCCCUAAGGGCACGAGUAGCAAUCCAUAGAGAAUAAGUGAAUUAUUGUAGGAAUUCGACGUGGAGUCUUCACCAUCAAUGCAUGUAUCUGAUGUUUUUCUAUUCUCUUUUGUAUUUCUAGUUAUCAUUGUUUAGGGAUGUGAAUUCAUUGAUGAUUAAUGCAUCUACUUAAUAUGAUUUAAUGAGAUGUCUUUUGUGUUCAAUGCUUUUAUCAUUGAUGUUUUGAGUCAAUUUGUGCUUAUACCAUCUAGUUCUUGAGAUAUCAACCAUCUAUACCUUGAGUAGUAUCAAUGCUUGAUUGUUCGAUCAUAAAUGCUAUAGACUAUGAGCUCAAGAGGCCCACACUUAAACUUAUAACAUCCUAACCUCCUUAUUCUUCAUUAAUAAGGUGAUGGCAUGAAGUGAAAGUAUGCAUUGAAUAGUCAAGUUCCUAUUGCAUGUGGCGAAAGCUCAAGUAGGAUGACCUUAGUGGAAGGGAUAAGCCAUCAUAAUACAAGUAGGAUUGUAGCAUAUUAUUAAUAAGUUAGUAUGCAUGAUCAUCUAAAAAAUGCUAAUGAAACAAUUAUUGUACUUUCUUUGAUUGCUUUCUAUAUUUGCUUUAGCAUAAUAGAUCUAAAAAUCCAAAGCCACCUCAACCCACUUGCUUUACUUUUCUUACAUUGUUUUAUCUCGACAUAGGUGAUUAGUUUUGCGCAUUUACUACUAAAAGACUCUAUGGAAUACGACCCUAUGCACUCCUAGGAUUUAUAACUUGGUUUACUGCAUUCAAGUUUUUAGCAUCGUUUGCAGAGAGUUUUGAGAGUAUUUGAAAGAAACUAACCUCUUGUGUUUGAUUUAUACAAGAGAAGACAUUACGCUCUAAUUGAUUCGGUUUUACAGGAUUCUAACUCGAGGAAGCCAAAGGAUUCAUAACUCGAAGAAAGAUGUACAUCCUAUUUCUAUUCUAGUACUUUAGGCCAAAGACAUCGAAGGUUGAGGCAAACAACAACAAUCCUACAUUACAUUACUAUGGAAAAGGAUUCAUGUCAACUGGGAUAGAAAGGGAAUGGGUCUAGAAGAUUUGAAGCUCCUAAGAGAGGCGUGUAUAGAGGAGAUGGAACAAGCUUUCAAAGUUCUUCAUGAAAGAUGCUAGAUCAAUUCAAAACCUCCUCGCAGCAUCAAUGCUAGUAUCAAUGACGUAUGGCUAAAGCAAUUGCUAAAAGAUGUUCAAAUCACCUAUGAAUUUGAUGAAGAAGAAGAUGGAUUUAUAACUCAAUCUUUGUAAGAAGAAGAAGAAGAAGGCAAGAGAGGUGGAAAGCAAAGAUCCUGAGCUAUGCGACCCUCGGAAAGAUGCGAAGGAUGAAGGAAACUACUAGGCAAGAGAAUCUUCAACCUAUCCAAGAAAAGAAAAAUGACCAACCUAACAAGGUACCUCAAGAGGAAUAUCAUCUGAAGGCCCAAAUUUGAAGAGGAAGAAGAUGAUCUACAACUCAAUCUUUGGAAGGAGAAGACGAGAUACCUUCCCUAGAGGCUAGAAGUGGCAAUGGAGGAAAAAGGCUGCAGUAUUGAAGAACUUACACUGAUCCAAACUUUCAUAUAUUCGUGGAAAGAUGUUGAAGGCUUUACACUCGUCGAGGGCUUCCAAUACUUCCCAUUCCUUCUUCAAUAUGCAUCCACGAGUGAUCCACCAACUGAGGCAUCCACAAGAAUUGAAAACAUCCAAGAGGGAGAGACCAACUGUGAUGAUCUCCCUGCACUUCUUAUUCAAAGUUUUACAAGACCCUUGAAAACAAACAUCAAACAAGAGAUCGUGGAGGAGAAAUCAAACAAGGAUGAUCAACCUCAAAUGGAGAAUGAAGGUGAAGAACCACUAAAGGAGAAACCAUCUCAUCCUAUCUAAUAAAAGCAGGAGCUUCAAGAGGAGCCACAUAUCCAAAAUUUUGAUGAUUGGAGCGACAUGGAAUCCAACCAAGGAAGGGAGCAACAUGCCACCACCAUUGAAGAGAUCGUGGAGGUGUUCAUCAAUUAAAAAUGGGCAUCUAGCUCGAUGGAAGAAAAUUCAAGCCACACUCAUCUUGAGUUAAAUUUGACUUGGGAGAAAGAAAUUGACGAUGACUGCAACUUCAAUCUUGGAGAAUAAGGAUCAUAUAUUCAUCCUCUGCAACAAUGGACGAAAAUCAAAGAGUAGAAAUCCAACCUACUCUAAGAAAUGAUGUUAUACGCAUAGAAGAUACAGACCUUGUAAUUGAUGGACCCCUUCAAGAUCCCCUUAUAUCAUGUUCUCAAAUAUCUGCACAACCCGCAGAAAACAAAAACUUUGAGGAAGAGAAGGUAGAGCAUGAAGAAUUCGUCAUUUCCAAGCGCACCCUUCAUGAAAAGAUGGAGGAUGGCAUUCCUGAAGUUGGAAACCAUGAAGAAAACUACAAAAUCUUGGUGGAGAUACAUCAUGGAGCCAAACAUGACCUCACUCGAGUCUUGGAUGAGGAUCCAUUCACAACAUUUCUAGAGAGCCAUGAGACCGUAGUGUCUUAUAUAACCCAAAGAGGGGAAUAAAAGUGUCCCUCCUUGUAUUGUUACUUCUACAACAUUCACAAUGCUCACAAAUCAAACUAUGGGAUAAAAGGUGCAAGGUGGAGACUAAGGUGGAUUAUUCUUCAUGGUCCACCAGUAAGCCUAAAGAAGGAUGACAAUCAAAUAAAUCCUACAAUCAAAAUGAUGGACUUUAAAGAAACCCUAAGUUUGAGAGCUUGAUGAACGAGGAGCUAUGCCUAGCUCAAAGGCAUAAACGAAAGAGCAUUUCAUGGGAGGAAACCCAUGUUGGCAUCCAACUUAAGGAUGCAAAAUGAAAGUGCUUUCGAGGAGACAACCCAAAUUUUCUAGAUCAACAUCAUCUGCAUCAUGUGCUUUCCUCUUUAUACAUGCUUGUAGUAUCGAUCAAAAUAAAAGGAAAAAUUAUACAUGACGAUCCAAUGGUGCAAAAACCCUCUCAAAUGACGAAUCUAACAAGAACAAGGAGAGACAAAUCAGAAAAGGAGGAGUAGCAGUGGGGCCCAUAUUCGCCACUCAACCGCCGCUAGGAAAAUCACCCAACCGCCAGUUCUAUUCCUUUUCCUACACGAAGAAGGAUUCCAACUGGAUUGUUUUCCAUAAUAAAAAUGAUGGUUGGUCCACCCACCACUCCACCGCCACCAGCUACCAUUGUAGAAUUUCUUAUUCCUACAUGAAGAGUGACUCAAAAAAGUCUGUAUCCGAGAGAGAGAAAAGAGGUGGUAUCACACACCACAUAACCGCCACACUUCUAUAAAAUAGAGGAAGCCAUAUAAUUCUUUUUCCCCACAUGUACUCAUGAGAUCUAGAGCAUCCAGAGCCAAAAACCAGUGCAAAAACUCGUGGGAACUCUAUUCUAAGAAGAUUUUCAUGGAAGGGGGAGUUGUGAAGACCCAUCCUUGUGAUAUGGUGGAGGAGAAACAAGGAGCGUCAACUCAAGGACGCAAGAGGGAGGUAGCCACCCAAGAAGGUAAGAAUAAGAAUUGGAGGAAGUCAUUGAUGCCUGCUCAUGCACACACAAUGGAGACAUUCAUGCCAUAAAGGAGGACAAGGAAAAUGACACAAUCUCGAUAGAGAAGAUUACCAUCCUUGAAGAAGCCUCUCAAUACUUUCCAAUUGUGCAUAAUUUGAUAGAUUCGUUUGGAAGGGAAGAGAAUGUCAUGUCCCUAUUUGAGAGCAUUACUACUAUGAAGAAACCAAGGGAGAAACUCGAGCAGCUACUUGGGGAGAAGGAGAAGAUUGAGAAGACCACCAUCCAAUCAACUCCUUAUGGACAU